GUGUUGUAUGGCUUUCAGAUUAGUUCUUGAAACGCCUGUUUCUGUAUAAAAACAUAUAUUAAAUAGUAACGAGCGUAAAUCUGGUUUAAUGAUUUACUAUAUAAAGCAAACUCUUGUCUUUAUAAUAAUUUUAAUUUAACUCUCUUGAUCACAUUGAGCUUAAAGGCACCCCCAGAAUUCAUGUGCUCAUUCUAUAAAAGGUUGCCAUAAUUUAUGCUUCUUUACAAUCACCCCUUUUUAGGUAACUGUCGUUUUGUAUAUAAAGUUUGAGAGCCAAAAGAACCUACAUCAUUGUUAGGAUGGCUAGUUCAUGGUGCUUUGGGGCUGUGGUUGCGGCUUUGUUAGUGAUGGUGGUCAAUGGAUAUCCGGAGGAAGAUUUGGUGGUGGAGUUGCCGGGCCAACCCGAAGUUGAGUUCAGGCAGUAUGCAGGUUAUGUUGAUGUGGAUGUUAAGGCUGGCAGGAGUUUGUUUUAUUAUUUUGUGCAGGCUCAUCAUGAUCCUGAUCAUAAGCCUCUUACUCUCUGGCUCAAUGGAGGACCAGGUUGUUCCUCAAUUGGAGGAGGCGCAUUCACAGAGUUGGGUCCAUUCUUUCCCAGAGGUGAUGGCAGAGGCCUUCGAAUAAAUUCCAAAUCCUGGAACAAAGCGUCAAAUCUUCUGUUUGUUGAGUCCCCAGCUGGUGUGGGAUGGUCAUACUCAAAUACUACUUCAGAUUAUAAUUGUGGUGAUGCAUCUACAGCCAGGGACAUGUAUAUUUUCUUGAUAAAUUGGUUUGCGAAGUUUCCAUCUUUCAAAGACAGAGAUCUAUUUCUUACUGGGGAAAGCUAUGCAGGGCAUUACAUUCCUCAGUUAGCGAUUGCCCUUCUAGACCAUAAUGAACAAUCUAGAGGGUACAAGUUUAACAUCAAAGGAGUUGCUAUUGGGAAUCCACUUCUCAAACUAGACCGCGAUGCACCAGCAGUGUAUGAGUACUUCUGGUCACAUGGAAUGAUAUCCGACGAGAUUGGUCUUGCUAUCUUCAGCGAGUGUGACUUCGAGGAUUACACACUUGAUGGUAAACACAAUGUAUCAGAAGCCUGCGACAAAUCUAUGAAGAAAGCAAAUGACGUUGUUGGCAAAUAUAUUAACAAUUAUGAUGUGAUUCUUGAUGUUUGCUACCCAUCCAUAGUGGAACAAGAGCUGCGUCUGCGAAAAAUGGCUACUAAAAUUAGUGUAGGGGUUGAUGUGUGCAUGGUGAAUGAAAGAGGCUUCUAUUUCAACCUUCCAGAAGUUCAGAAAGCUCUUCAUGCUAAUAGGACUAAUUUAAAAUAUGAAUGGGUUAUGUGCACAAGUUUGUUGAACUACACUGGUGCAGAUGAAAAUAUAGACAUCCUCCCCUUGAUUAAGAGGAUCAUCCAAAAUCACGUUCCUGUUUGGGUUUUUAGUGGGGAUCAAGAUUCAGUAGUACCAUUGCUUGGUUCAAGAACGCUAGUUCGUGAACUUGCUCAUGACAUGCAAUUUGAGGUUACAGUUCCGUAUGGAGCCUGGUUUCACAAGGGGCAGGUAGGGGGAUGGGUGACUGAAUAUGGAAAUGCAUUGACAUUUGCAACUGUCAGAGGUGCUGCUCAUAUGGUGCCAUACGCCCAGCCAUCACGAGCGUUGCAUCUGUUCUCUUCAUUUGUACGAGGCCGAAGAUUGCCAAACACAACUCACCCUCCGAUUGAUGAGCAGAUACUCAGUAUACAUUUGCCUUGAAAAAAUUGUUACAAAACAGCAAAUGUUAUGAAAUGAAAAAUUAUUUGAAUUUGCUUCUAAGGAAGAUGGUUUGAUGCAAUGCUGUCAUUGUUAAUGAAAAUUUCAUUGCAGGUUC